AUGGAAAUCGCAGAACGAUUAAAGACGGUUCUACGAAAGUCCCAGGACCUGCUCAACAUUCGCAAUGCUCAGAGAGCUGUCACGUCGCCACCGUCCUAUGACGCUGUUCUGCUUCAGAAACAUUGCGAACGUCUUUUGCAACCCACAGGUACCCCUUUGCACGGUGUGGCUGGAUAUCUGAGGGAGUUCGAUCCUUUGAUAAUUCCGCCAACCCCGGAGGCAUCAGAGAAAGCCGUCCAGAAGCAUCUUACCGCCCUAUCUCGGGUGAACGAUGCUUCUACACUGGAAUAUGCGCGACGCUCCUGCGGCGGCACUCGUCGAAAGGCCUAUGACCGACAUUUCGCUCAUCUUCUAACGGUCUACGAAUGGUCAUGGCUGCAUCAAAUCGCAGACGCGCUCAUCGACGUUUUCGAGAAACGCUCUCCGAGGAACUUCGAAAUACGCCCUAUUCGGAAGCUGAGACGACAACAAACAAGCGUCGUCAUGGCGCAACAGUAUGCUGACAGUCAAUCAGAGGGCCCUGUCUCAUAA